UAACCAGCGCAAAGCGGCUGUCGACCUCGGUCUUACCUAUCUGACUUCUCUUUUUGAUAGCUGGGAUAAUUUUGAUGAUUUUGAGAAGAUCCUUCACAGAGCAUGUGAUGGUAGCGUACCAAAGAUCGUCGAGAAUGACCGAUGGAAGACCGACAAGGCAUUCGGGUCAAUGUUCUUAAACGGCGUUAAUCCCAACGUUAUCCGACGUUGUGAGAAGUUACCGAGUAAUUUUCCAGUCACUGAAGAAAUGGUGAAGACACUUUUGGAUCGUGGAAAGACACUGCAAGAAGAGAUGGAGGCAGGUCAUGUGUACAUUGUUGAUUACAAGGUGCUUGAAGGAAUUCCUGAAAAAAAGGGAAAUCACUCGGCCCAACCUUUAGGGCUGCUUUAUGUCGAUAAAUCAGGUGACUUGGUGCCCAUCGCCAUUCAGUUACUACAGCAACCAGGUGACACCAAUCCAAUAUGGACUCCAAGUGAUUUACAAUAUGAUUGGCUGUUGGCAAAGAUGUGGCUUCGUUACGCUGACAAUACGAUUCAGCAGAGACUAACUCAUCUUCUCGAAACCCACUUGGUAAUGGAAGCCUUUGCAGUGGCAGUCUGGCGCCAGUUACCCUCAAUUCAUCCUGUAUUUCAACUCUUAUUCCCGCACCUUCGCUCCGUGAUGGCGAUCAACAAGCUUAUCAAAGAUUCUGCUUUAGCAGAGAAUGAACCUUCCAAACAAUUGCUGAAGAAAAGUUACCACACGUUCAAGAUGAGCAUGCUUUCCCCACCCAAGGCGCUUAAAGAGAGAGGUUUGGAUGAUCCAGAUAAAUUGCCCAAGUUUUAUUACAGGGAUGAUGCGCUCCUUUUAUGGUCAGCCCUCAAAACUUUCGUCAAAGACAUCAUCACCCUUUACUACAAGUCAGAUGAUGAUGUUACUAAGGACGUGGAGCUUCAAGCAUGGAUUAAAGAUUUACAUGACAACGGCCUCCCUGUGAGAGAGGGUGACGAGGACCAUGAGGUUCCAAGUGCCUUGCAAACACGUGACCAACUUAUCGACCUACUCACAAGCGUGGUCUUCACGUGCUCGUGUCAGCAUGCAGCGGUAAACUUUGGUCUUUUGGAUGUGUCAGGCUUUAUUCCCUUCACUCCCUCCGUGAUGCGUAAGCCGCCUCCUACUAAGAAAAACCAGACGUCUCUAAAGACCAUUCUUGACACACUGCCAAGCAAGAGUGAGUCCCUUAAACAAGUAGCGUUACUUUACGUGUUGACGCGAUAUGCCGAGGAUGAGCGUUUUAUUGGCGACAUUACACACAGCCUUUUGACUGGUGACGAGGAAGAUGCUGCAAUGAGUCGCUUCCAGACCGUUUUACAAGAGAUCUCGGAUUCCAUCAAGGCCCGCAAUGAGUCUUUGGAAUUGCCUUACACCUUUCUGUUGCCCGAACGAAUUCCCGAUAGUAUUGGCGUCUAAGGCGCUGACAGUAUUUGAGGAUUUUUUUUCAAAAAUAUCACACAGCGAUUUUUGUGUGUUGUUCUGCACGUGCGUCGUGCAGCAGAAUGUUUGCCUUUAUCGUAAUGCACACCUUAAAACCAUAACUUAGCUCUCCUUAAAUGUGGAGAGGGUUUGUAGCAGUAAAAGAAUAUCUUUGGUAUGGCAGAGACAAUCAGCUUAUUAUUCGUUCAAUUUUGUAGUGUAGUUCUGUGCGUGAUCUCAGAAUAGAAGUUGUUUUGUAAAACUAAAACAGUCACAUUUUGUAAGGUUCCUCUUUUGAGAGGAGCGUUAGAAGCAGUAGUUGUCUUCUAUUACAAUCGUCAUGUCCUAGUCAUCCAUCAUUCAAAUUUUUCAGUAUUUGAGGAUUUUUUUCAAAAAUAUCACACAGCGAUUUUUGUGUGCCGUUCUGCACGUGUGUCGUGCAGGUGUCGU